AUGGCAUUAGAUCGCGAAACACCCCAAAGCUUGAGGAACUACCUUGCCUCGGAUCCCUGGACCUUCCAAAACACUUCAAGCCAAACUAUCAAUCAGUCUUUUCUUAGAGGCUGUUAUCAAGAGUGGCAGACCUAUGAUUCGGACACAAAAUUGGCUUUGUUACUUUCUCUUUUAGGUAUAAAAAAGAUCCACUUACCUAACUUAGAACAAAUAUUAAAAGAGAUAAUACGGGCUGGUCUUUCUGAUACUGAUGAGUGGGUGCAACUCAUUUCUAAAAUGCUUGCUGAUUUCCCACGUACCGGAACGCUUAAUUUCGACAUUGAGAAUAUUAUUCCUCUGGAUACGCAACCUGUUUACCAACAACUGAAGAAGACAAUAAAACAAAAUGUGAUCAAAUUCCAUCCUUCAGAAUACGCUUAUAUAAACCGCGAUAUUUGUGAUACUUUCUCAUCAUUGUCAUUGAAUUCCGAUUCCGAUAAUUCUUCAGUUGUUUUACAUUUUCAGCUUAAUCAGACAUAUCUAGCUCCUAGGACUAAUAGGUUGUCAUUAUUGAGAAAUCAGCAGUCAAUUGCGAAUAUGGAUUAUAUAUCAAAUUCUGCGUCAUCCCAAUCUUCAAAAACUCCAGCAGCAAAUCCUUCCCUUUUUAUUCCAAAGCAACGAAGAUCUUCGCAAGUAUUAUUAAAAACACCCUCUAACACUCUCCCACAAAGACCAGCUCCUAUAAAUACUGCAAGAGCGAACAGUAGUGGACAUGUCCCUUCUUUAGGAUCAUUAAAUGUAGCUGAAUCGCCAACAGACAUAACAACAGGCAAAACUUUCCAGAAACCAACAAGAAUACAAAUGCUUGAUGUGGUCGAAGGUACUUCAAUAAUCAAAAAUCAACAAGAAUCUUUAUUAAAAACUCAGCAAGAAGAGGCAAAGUACGCAAAAGAAAAGGAAAAACGAGAGAAAGCAGCCGCAAAACAAGCAUCAGUAUCUUCUACAAAUGGAUCAAACAAUAUCGCGGCAGUUGGUUAUCGGAAAAAGAGGAGGAUAAACAGUGUAGUAGUAUUGCCCGAUUCUUCGAUACAAGAAGAACAAUUUUCAGAUGAAGAUAAUCUUCCACAUAAGACAGCGGAAACCUCGAGUGUAGCUUCGCCUCUUUCAUCUUCACAUUCCUCAUAUAUACAAUCAUCAUCUAUUCCACAACCACCACUACAAUCACCUAUAUUCUCAGAACCUCGUCAUAAUAAUCUCGGAAUCAUCCCUGAACAUGAAAUUAUUGAUACUCGAUUAAAUCCCCAAGCAUUAAACUCAACACAAGAUUCGACGACGAUUAACACAUCAGAUAAUUCUAACAAUAAUGAUAUUAGUGCACAUAUACGAGAUGGUGUACUUAGUUUAACCAAUGCAUUAAAGGACGAAGACCGGCGAACUAUAUUAAAUUUCUUGGAUGGCAGUUAUGAACGACAGGUCGAAUCUGGGGGUGGAUCGAACGAUGAUAUCAGAAGUAUUUUGAUGCAUGUUGAACGAACGACAAAUUACGAGGAAGGAAGAGAGAUAAUAGAAUCGGUUGUUUUUGAGAUGAAUCUUACACAAGGUACCUGGCGAAAAAUUAAAAAGAAAAAGACUAAAAGAAAUGCCUUUUAUGACGGGUUAAAUGGCAAAUCUACCGGAAAUGAUCAUUUGGAAGACUAG